AUGGGCUUCUUGCGCAGCAAAGGAGAUGUCGAGGAAAUUGUCACUUCUGACAUCAGUGUCAGUGACAUUGACCAGGGAAGUCUGCAUUACACAGCAGAGGGAGGAGAAAACUCCAAUAGGCUCACUGUCCAGGAAGCCAGUGGUGCUCCCGUUGAGCAACACAGUCCUCUUGGCUACUCAGUGGGAUGGGUCACUGUGAUUUUUCUUAACAUUAGUAUGAUGAUCGGAACCGGAGUGUUCUCGACGCCAUCUACCAUUCUCGCUGGAACUGGAUCAUUUGGCCUGAGUUUGAUUUACUGGGCCAUUGGCUUUCUCAUCGCAUACAGUACCCUGGCGGUUUAUCUUGAGUUUGCCGCUUACUUCCCUUCGCGGUCUGGCUCCGAGGUGGUUUACCUGGAGCAAUCUUUUCCCCGCCCUCGUUAUCUGUUCCCAACAGUGUUUGCGGUCCAGACUGUACUUUUCUCAUUCAGUAGUAGCAAUGCGAUCGUUCUCGCCGAGUAUUUGUUCGCUCUUGGAGGCUCAACACCUACCGCGUGGCAGGAGAAGGGUGUGGCUGUAGCAGCAUACAGUGUGGCCGUCUUAGCUGUCAUCUUUCACACCAAGGGCUCACUGAUGCUUUCGAAUAUCAUCGGUGGUAUUAAGCUCAUCACACUUAUUUUUAUCGGAAUCACAGGUCUUGUUGUUCUCGGUGGCCAUACCUCUGUCAAGAACCCAACUCUUAAUUUCAAGAACGCAUUCUCCGGCAGCUCAGAGGCUACGGUAUAUGGAGCAACCAACGCGAUGAUUGAUAUUGUGUUCUCUUAUGCUGGAUAUACAAACGCGUUCAACGUCGUCAAUGAAGUCAAGAAUCCCAUCAAAACCCUCCGCUGGAGUGCUCCCCUCUCUCUGGCAACCACAGCAGUCCUUUACAUUCUGGCCAAUCUCGCAUAUUUCUCGGUAGCUACCAAGGCGGAGAUUAUUGCAUCGGAUCAGGUCGUUGCUAGUAUCUUCUUUGAGAAGGUGUUUGGAACAGGAGGAGCAGCCUCUGCCCUUAACUUCCUUAUCUGUCUCAGUGCAUUUGGUAAUUUGAUGUCUGUCUUGAUUGGCCAGUCUCGAAUGCUUAGAGAGUGUGGAAGACAAGGAGUUCUUCCAUGGACAAACUUCUGGACUUCCACAAAACCAUUCGGAACUCCUAUUGGACCGUAUACAUUGAAAUGGGCAUUGACGAUCAUCAUGAUUCUGGCACCACCUGCAGGCGAUGCUUUUGACUUUAUUGUGGACCUUAGCAUCUAUCCGGCAAACCUCUUCGUCUUUAUUCUCACGGUCGGCUUGCUUGUUACCCGCCGUCGUCGAAAGCGUCUCAAUCUACAGCCUGCAGAAUACCGAGCCUGGAACGUGGCGGUGGGAUUCUCUCUUCUCUCCAAUAUUUUUAUGCUGGCCAUGCCAUGGUAUCCACCAAGCACUGGCGCAGAUGGAGGUGAUGUAUCAUUCUGGUAUGCCACAUACUGUGUCACUGGUCUGGGAAUUAUUGGUGCUUGUGUUGUAUACUACUAUGUUUGGGUGUGGCUUCUUCCAAAGUACUAUAAGUAUGCACUGCGACAGACAGUUCUCCAUGGGGAGAAUGGUAUUACAGCACACCGAUUGGUUAAGGUUCCACUUGAAGAUCUCGAAACUUGGGAUGCUGAACAUGAUGCAAGUGGGCGGUUAAGGGAGGUCAUACAAACAGUGGAUGGCGAGGUCGAGCUCAAGCACGAUUGA